AUUUAAAAUUUAAAGACGUAGGGAAAAACUAAAUUUCUAUCGCGAUGUUCCGAUAUGUAUUUAUAUAUAUCAAAUUCUUACGAUAAAAAUAAUUAUAAAAUUGUUAUUAAUCAUAUCAAUGAUUAUAUCAGCAUAGAAUAUUGCUUAACUUUGUUAUAAAUAUAUUUAUUACAUCUUAUGUACUUUAUUCUAGUGUUUUGUUAUUAACGUUAUAACAACACGAGUUUUGAAAAUUUAAAUAAUUUGUUACAUUUUGUUGGUAACAUAAAAGCUACCCAUAGAGUAUAGAGAUAUAAGGAUAGAGUGCGUGAGCGAGCUGAACAAGUGAUAUAGGAAUAAAAAGAGAAUGCUCCAUAGAGACUCUUUGGAUCCUUGUCUAAUAAAGCAUGCACAUUCGUACAAUAAAUAUGAAGUAUAACACCAAUCUAUGAAUAUUAUGUCCAUGCACCGAUCAACGAACUGCGACAAUAUCAUGCCUGAUCAGAUAACGACUGAAGGGGCCUUUAUGCAACGUUCCCUUUCUAUUCUCAUACUGCAUUCACUUACAUGGAAACAUGUGACCGCGUACUCUAUCUGUAUAUAUAUAUAUAUAUAAAACUACCUCUACCUACCGACAAAAGCUUCACUGAUAGCGAAAAAGUAUUCAAUAGGUCACUAAGCUUAAAAUAUCGAAAUGUAUUAUAAUUAAUAAUGAAUAUAAAAAUGUUUGUUUAAUUGAUAUUAAUAUAAAACUAAAUCGAUGUAUUCAAAACAUUACAAAUUACACCUGUAUGUGUAUAUCUAUAGUAUAAGUCAUUAGUUCAAAACAAUAAGUAGCAUUUUGCAAUUUUAUCCCUAGUAAAAUAAAUAAAAAAGUAAAAUAUUGAUAUAAUUAAGGUAUCAAUAAAUUUAUCAUGUUGGAGUAUACCUUAAAAACAUUCUUGAAAUCCAUAUACACAACAAUCAUGUAAUGAAGCAAUUAUGUAAAAAUAUACUUUAUAAAGAUGUAUUGUUUAUUGCAUACCUGCUUUCACUCGAGCCUUCGUUUAACAUCAAAAUUCAAGUUAACAUAUAUUUGUAUUUGUAUUGGUCUUAUUAUAUUGCUUAAUUAUUUUGGAGCAUUCACACAUUUAUUUGAAAUUACAUAUGAUUCAAAUUUUGUUUACCCAUACGAAGGCGAUGUACAUGAAUUUGUGAAUGCAUUACGACAUAAUAGAAAACCUACUGUGGCACCCAUAAAUGAAUAUAAAUAUACAUUUUUAAUUGACAAUGAACAAAAAUGCAUAGACCCUGCAUACAACAUGUUUCGUGUUGUCUAUAUAGUAAAAUCUGCAAUAGAAAAUUUUGAAAGACGAUUAGCAAUUAGAAAUUCCUGGGGUUAUGAAAAAAGAUUUUUUGAUGUACCCUCAAGAACAAUCUUUAUGUUAGGUGUACAUCCAUAUGAUGAUGAACUUCAAACAAAAGUGAGAAUUGAGGCUGCAAAAUAUAAAGAUAUCAUACAAGCAGAUUUUAUAGAUUCAUAUUAUAAUAACACUAUCAAAACUAUGAUGGCUUUUAAAUGGCUAGUAAAAUAUUGUUCUAACUCAAAAUUUUACAUGUUUGUCGAUGAUGAUAUAUAUGUUUCUGUAAAAAAUGUUUUAAGAUUUAUAAGAAAUCCAACCAACUAUCCUGAUUAUUUAAAAGAGCCAAAAAAAAUCGAUACCCAUAAAAAGAGAGAAAUUAAAGAUAGUGAUAAAAUGGAAGAGUUAAGUAAUGAUACAAUUACACAAAAAAAUGUUCAUACUUUUGAUAGAAAGAAUUUGUCUGUUUAUGAAAAAUUAAAAAGAACACUUUUUAUGCAUAGAUUAAAGCAAGAUUUUUAUAAUAAAACAUUACAUACACUUCCUGCAAAUAAUUAUGAUAUACAAAAUAGUAUAAAUUUGAAACCUCUCCAGGAAGAACAUAUGAAAGAUGAAUUGACAAUGAAUAGAACAAAAAGACAAAUUUUUGAUUUUGAACUUCCAGAAGAUGUUAGAUUAUUUGCAGGAUUUGUAUUUGUAUCUUCACCUCAUCGUCACAAGUCUUCUAAAUGGUAUAUUUCUCUUAAUGAAUAUCCUUACCAUUUAUGGCCACCAUAUGUUACAGCUGGUGCAUAUAUACUGUCUAGAGAAGCUCUUUUAGAUAUGUAUUAUACUAGCCUUUAUACUAAGUAUUUCAAAUUUGAUGAUAUUUUUUUAGGCUUAGUUGCGAAAAAGGCAGACAUAGAACCUUUUCAUUGUGAGGAAUUUCAUUUUUAUAAGAAGGAUUAUACAAAAUUUAAUUACAAAUAUGUAAUAAGUUCUCAUGGAUAUGGAAAUCCAAAUGAGUUAUUGAAUGUAUGGAAUGAACAAAAAGCUCUUGGUAAUGCCUAAAUUUUUAAUUGCAUCCAAAAUAUUUCUAAUAUGAGUAUUAUUUGAACAUGAAUAUAUUUUUUUAAACAUUUGAAAAUAAAAUCAAAUAUCAUGUAGUUCCAUAUCACUCAUACUUCUAAAUAAGGAAAUCAGUACGUUAUAUAUUUAUUUUGCACAAUAAAUAUAUUUAACUAUUGUAUAAUGUAGCCUCAUUAGUAAUUCAAAAUAUGUAUACCUGGAAACAAUUUUUUGAAGUCAAGCUAUAAUAGAUAAAUUAAAGUGAAUACAAUAAAGUGUACAUACAUAAUUAAAACUGUGGUUAAUUCGAUGAUAUAUGUAUAGGAAUUUCAUCUCAUAUCAUGAAUUACUGAAAGGUUAACGAAUUAAUUAAUAAUAAACUAAAAAUUCUUUCAUAUAAUCAAUUUAUUGUAAACUAUAUUUAAAAAUAGUCUUAUAAGAACAGACAUAAGUAUAAUAAUCAAUUUUUAUAUAUAUAAUAAGUCAUUAUAGUAAAUAUAAUUACUUAUAUAAUGCUUUUAUACAAAUAUCACAUAAUUUAUAACUCAUAUUUGAAUAACUAGUUACAAUCAAUACUAGUUAUUAUAUAUGACACAAAAGCAGGGAAUUAUUAAUAAGGGAACAUAUGCUCGCAUACAGCAUUAUAGCAUAGAAAUAUAUGUACAAACGUCUUAGCAGAUAAGCCAAAAUAACAAAAAAUAAUGAACUAGGAAAUAUAUAGUAAGAUAUAAUAAUUAAGAUAUAGCUAUAUUUAGGUAGUAAAUUAAAAUUUACUUUAGUGGAAUAAAUUCAGAUAGAAACAAAAUGUAUUAAAUGUGCAAACAUUCAAAAGAGAUUGUAAUAGGCAUAAGCUUCAGUACAAUAAAGGAACACGAUACAAUACAAUA